CCAAGCAACACCACGAAACAGAUAAGACGGAUAAACACACAGCAACGUAGCCGAAGAAGAAGAAGAAAACGAGCAGUUCUGAAACGCCAAGAAACUCCCCCUCACCCUGCUCACGAUCAUGGCCAUCCUCGGCGCUCUCAGGCUCACCCAGUCUCCACCCGCCCUCGCCGGCGCCACGCCACCGGCGACACCGGGGCGCUCCUCCCUGCACUUCCAUCUCGCCAAUGCCGGCGCCGCCGCGCUCGUCGCUGCCUCGCUCCUCGUCGCCGACCCGGCCCCGGCGUUCAUAGUCCGCCGUUUACUCUCUCUCUCUCUGUCUGGUUCGUACUCUCGCAAGAUUUUGGGCAUGGGGGGUGCUGACGGCGUGGCGUGUGCGCGUGUGUGGCCGCAGGGAGGAGGCCCGUAUGGGAAGCAGGUGACGCGGGGGCAGGACCUCACCGGCAAGGACUUCAGCGGCCAGACGCUCAUCAAGCAGGACUUCAAGACGUCUAUACUGAGGCAGGUGAACUUCAAAGGCGCGAACCUGCUUGGCGCGAGCUUCUUCGAUGCAGACCUCACAAGUGCUGAUCUCUCUGAUGCUGAUCUUAGAGCCGCCGACUUCUCGCUGGCGAAUUUAUCCAAGGCAAAUUUAACGAAUGCCAACUUGGAAGGGGCACUAGUCACAGGAAACACUUCUUUCAAAGGCACCAACAUAAAUGGGGCAGAUUUUACUGACGUUCCACUGCGAGACGAUCAACGGGAAUACCUCUGCAAAAUCGCUGAUGGAGUGAACUCAACCACUGGAAACCCCACGAAGGAGACUUUGCUCUGCAGCUGAUGGAGAGAUGUAGGCUACUAGACCUAUGAUCCUUAUUUUGUCCUUGAAUUGUACUGCCGCCAUUUUUCUCCUUGUGUGUUGAAGUGGGAGGAUUACACAAGUACUCGAAAAUGUAAACGAAAACAACGAAACAGAAAAUGGGUUUUGCUGUUGACAAGUACUGUUAAUCACAUGUAGAUUAAAGAUAAUAAAUCGAGACAGGAAACGCAUUGCUCUUUCA